AUGUCUACCAGCGAAGCACGACACGUAAUGCCAGCGCCAAUCCCAAUUCCGAAGCCCCCACCAGAAGCCCCCCAAAUCCCUGGACUCGCUCCACCUUGGGAAAGAAAUCAAACAACUCAACCUUCUCAUGACCAAACUAUACGUUCGGGCGCUGCUGGACCGUCUUCAGCUGGCGGCAACCAAAUGGUGGCCCCUACACGUAAAUAUCGACGCCGAACAGCUAAAAAUUUGUUAUUAGAAAUUUUAGAAAAAGAUAAGGUCGAUAGAAAGGAGGCAGAGAUUAGAAAGGAAGAGGAAAGGAAGAAAGAGGAAGAACGGAGAGCCAAAGGCAUUGUUAACAGAAUGCUCUCAUUAAUCAUUAAGGAGUAG